AUGGCUGUUUCAUACAUAUGGCAAUCGUAUUUUCCCUCCGAUUUACGUUGGAUUUACCCUCUACGUUCUAGUAGCAGUUUACAAAAUGCGAAGUCCUCUUUCGCAACGGAAAUGCUAUUUAAAGGAAAGGAAAAUGACAUCCAAGAUGCAUGCAACAACAGAAUGAUUAAACUGUUGCUGCAAGGCACAGAUUCAAAGAGACAGCAUGCUUACUUGCAGGAAAUCAGUUCAAGUAGAAAAAAGAAAACUCACAUCAAAAAAUUUCUGAAAAAGCAGAAGAAAUCAAGGAAACCGAUCACACUGGAGCAUGGCUGCUUGUCAGGUCCCGUAACCUUGCGCUUUGGAAGCUUUGCGGGAAUCAGAGAUUUGAGAGGUACAAGAUGCCCACUCCACGGCAUAAAACAUGGCUUUCACCCAAAACCAGGAGAAAGAUGUGCAUGCCAACAAGCUACUCUCUUUCCAAGUCCUCUGACCCGGUUCAGUUAUGAACAGUCAAUUGCGAUCGACUGGUCUGGAUCCUCUACACAGCUCUAUGACAGUAUAGCUGAUGAGUUUUCAUCCUUAUAUUUUUGA